ACUGCGAAUGGAAAAGGACCCUCUCCUUUCACAGCCACACCCGACACGGAUUCCCUCUCCCAACCGGCACAACUCCGUCUUCUCCAACCAGUGCCAGAAUCCAAUCUCCGACUGACACAACUCAAUCGUCUCUCUCUCUCUGCAAUCGUUGCCGGAAUCGACCGCCGUCUCCGACCAGCGUAGCCCCUUUCCAACUCCCUGCAACAGCCCUUGCAAUAGCUCCCCCCCCCCGGCGGAAUCGACCGUCGUCUCCGACUGAAACAACCUCCUCUCUCCUUGCAAAGGCCCCUUUACAUCUCCUUCCAUUCAAAGAAAUUGCAGAAGUGAAGAAGUCAGAUGUACCUUGCAAAAAUAAAGAAGUCAGGUGUGUAAAUUGAAGAAGUGUGUUUGGGGUGCGGUUUUGCAAGCUGAAGCCACAUUUCUCCAGUUAAGGAGAGGAAGCUUUAAGAUAGCGACACUGUAACGCACCUUAAACAUUGGCAUGGUGCUAAUAUUGCCUUGAAGACAUCGACACUGUAACGCGCCUUAAGCCUAUCUUUAAGUGUAUUCUUCUUUCAUACACUUUUUUUUCUCUUUCAUUGGAUCCGAUCUCCAUUAUCAAAAUCCAAGAAUGGCAGGAAGUAGUUUAUCAGGAAGCAGUUCAUCAAGUUCCAUACAAAUCAUGGAUCUAGAUCCAACAUGGGUGAGUUCUUUGAAAGAGAAGAUGCAGGCCCCUCCACAGCUACUAAAAGAGUCGGCAGGUAGUAUUUCGUGUUCCAUCUACAGAGUCCCCGAGUGCUUCCGUGAAGCGGACGAAAAGGCCUACGCCCCUCAGACUGUCUCUGUGGGCCCGUACCAUCGUGGCAAGCAAAUGCUAGAGGCCUUGCAAGAGCACAAAUAUAGGUACUUGCGUGGGGUCCGCUCUCGGGCCGGUGACAACGGAUUGGAGAGGUGUUUGAUGGCCAUCAAGGAGUUGGAGCAACGUGCACGGGACUGUUAUUCGGAAAACAUCAACCUCAACAGCAACGAAUUCGUUGAGAUGAUGGUGGUUGAUGGUUGCUUCAUUCUCGAGCUCCUUUGCAAGGGGUUUGGCCUUGUGGACAAAACAAACGACCCCCUCUUCACGCACUGCUGGCUACAGAGGAAGCUACAAAGUGACUUGCUGAGGCUCGAAAACCAAAUUCCAUUCUUUGUUCUCGAACGUUUAUUCGAUCUAAUGAACCUUUCAUUGCAAACAAAGGACCCUCUCACACGCAUCGUCCUCAAGUUCUUCCAUGAGAUGGUGCCAGGAAGAAGAAGCAUGACGACAGUAGAAAGCAGUCCAAAUACCAGUACCAAUCCCAAUCACAAAACCCAACAUUUGCUCCAUCUAUUUCACUCGAGUCUGCUUCCUGAUAUCCAAGGGAAGAAACUGAAGUACAAAGCCCAGAAGACGAUCACACCACACUCGGGACCAUUGAAACUAUUUCCAAGCGUGACAAAACUAACUGAGGCAGGUGUGGUGUUCAAGGCAAGUCAUGCUAAUAGCUUCUUAGAUAUCAAAUUCAGACAAGGGGUGGUAGAAAUUCCGCCUUUAUCCAUGGAAGAUGAAACCAACUCGCUCUUCCUGAACCUCCUCGUCUUCGAACAAUGCUAUUCUCAUUGCAGGAGCCACAUUACUGCUUAUGCCACCUUCAUGGAUUGUCUCAUCAACUCUACGGAAGAUGUUGGGAUUCUAUGCCACAAUGGAAUCCUUGCUAACUGGUUGGGCGGUCAUGAAGAGGUAGCUGAUCUCUUCAACAAGCUUGGCAGAGAGGUUACCAUCAAUUGCGACAAUUUCUAUCUUUCUGAUGUUUUCGAGAACUUAGAUCAGUAUUACAGGAUCCCAUGGCAUGCUUGGCGUGCAAGCUUGAUGCACAAGUACUUCAAUAAUCCAUGGGCUAUCAUUUCUUUUGUUGGUGCUGUGAUUCUCCUCGUCCUUACAUCCGUACAGACAUUCUUUACUGCAUAUCCAUGUUUCCACCAACCAUGAUAGGCCCAUGCUUGAACUUGAAGAUAGGUCAUGGACAUUUCAUUUCCCUAUCGAAGUUAGAUCACCUGAACUUAGAUAAACCACCAUCGAGGUCAUCCUUUUCAAUUUCUUGUUUCUCAGUGACUAUAAUGUUCCAUGUAUUGAAGAAAAAUAAUGUCUGAAAAUUAUAACUGUAUUUAUCAUCUCCAAUGUAUGAGUGUUUCAUAAGAAUUUUUUCUUCUUCUUC